UGAAACCAUUCAUAGACGAGGCGUGAUCUCUCCCUUGAAAUAUCAUUGUGUCGCCAAUGAUUUCCUGUCGCUCAAAAGUGCUGCUUUAAAGCGCGGCCUGAGCUACUGAACUCUCGAGCCAAGAUUUCAAGAUCGAAAGUCGUCAUUCAAUUUCAAAAAAGCCUUGAUUCAAGUCGAGUGCCAAGCGCACGCAGCCGACUUCCUUGACCGGCUUGGGAUUAUUUCCGACUAUGUCAUCGACCUCAUGGUGCAACAUAUUCAUGACUGGUCAACACUUACGUUGGAACGCGACGCUCCUUGCCUCGCCUCAGCAGAAGCCAAAGGUCCACCAUCCCAGAGGAGACCGACCGUGACGGUCUGCUAUGCCAAACCACGUGGCUCACACACGCGAUCUCAUCUUGGCUGCACGCGUAUAGCUCCGCCCAGGGGAUGGAUGGAUGCAUGCCUGUGCCUGAGACCGAUCAGUCGAUCACACAUGUAUGGGUAUGCAUGCAUGCACAGCAUACGCUGCUUACCGUAGACGCCCAGUCUAAGCGCACCACCUUCAUCACAGCUAUCCAAUCCCUCGUCAGGAAACUUGCGAGCCGCAGCUCACCAUUUGCCGGCAGUGCGAUUGGACUGAAGGAAGGAGCUCACCUACGUAUUACGCCCCUUGGCCUCGACUUCUCUGGCUAUCGAUGGCAUUUUGGAGCGAAACUCUACACGCACGUUGGCAGGGCCUAGCUUCAAGGGGACAAAGCGCUGCUCAGCACAAGCGCGGAUGAAAGCUCAGGUCAUCCGCACUGCCUUGCCUCUCUCAGAGGCACGCCCCCACAAUAGAAGGUUCCCCAGUAUCGGCGCAUACAUGCUCUUCAUCUCCCGCCCGUGACUCAUGAGCCAGUCAGAGUGUGUUCGAUCUCAAGCAGGCAGCAUACAACUGGAGGAUCUACAAAGAUCGGUGGGAGACGCAACAUCGAGCGCAUCCAGCUCCACGCUGCGCAAC